AAACGAAGAUCAUUAUGACUGUAAACAUGCACACAUUGCAUGGUCUAAAAAAAUGGUUGACUUUUCAAACAUGAACGAAGAGGUGGUUACUGCGUAAACGGACUUCGUGCACGGGAUAGACAGCCUCCCGAUGAAAGGUAAACCCUCGAAAUGUUAUCCCAGAAGCAGGCCGACAUUUUCAUUCUCUUGGUUGGAUGACUGGAUCUGGAGGAGCCAUAGGUGUUAGACGAGGGGAGGAAAUAUACAUUACCCCGUCUGGUGUUCAAAAAGAAUUGAUGGAACCAGAAGACCUCUUUGUUCAAACAAUAGAUGGAAAGUCUAUUGCGACUCCACCAGCCUUCAAGAAGCUAACUCAAAGCUCGUGUACACCACUCAUUAUUAAUUCAUUUUUAAAACGAAAAGGUGCAGGAGCAGUUGUCCAUGCUCACAAUCCAAACGCAGUAUUAAUAUCUUUACUAUAUCCUGGGAAAGAAUUUAGAAUAACUCACCAACAAAUGAUAAAAUGUACAUAUAACUGGAAGCUAGGGAAAAAUAAUAAAUAUUUUGAUGAAUUAGUUGUACCGAUUGUUGAAGGUCAACCCGAGGAAAUUGAUCUUGCACCAUAUGUUGCUAAAGCAUUAGAGGACUAUCCAGACACAUCAUGUGUUAUCAUCCGUAGACAUGGAAUGUAUGUUGUAGGUCCUACAUGGGAGAAAACUAAAUUGAUGUUAGAAAGUUUUGAUUACUUGUUUCAUAUAGCAAUGCAGAUGAAGCUCUAUGGACUUGAUCCUACUCAGCCGCCUACAUAGUCCAAUAAAAGCUGAAAUAAAAAAUACUCUGACUAAAU